AAACAUCCAAAACCUCAACUUCAAUCCCACAUCAACACCACAACCACAAUCACAUCUCACCACGCCCUUCCUCCGACGCGUCAAAUCGACUAUCUUACAUCUUAGCCCUCCAGUCUCUUCCUGUCCCUCGCGAUCCUCUUUCCCCGCCAUGGUCCCCUUACUCCCGCUGAGAUAGCCUCGACAUGCACAUCAUCAAACCGAUCUGGCUGACCCACGGUGGUGAAAAGAAAGACUUCGAAGUCUACAGUUGCCAUGUCUCUCCAGAUGGCCAACGUCUGGUCACUGCGGCUGGUGAUGGCUACGUUCGUAUCUGGUCUACCGAGGCCAUUUACAAUGCCGCGAAUUCAAAAUACGACAAACCAAAGCAAUUGGCUUCAAUGAGCUACCACUCUGGAACCAUCCAUACCGUUCGAUUCUCUCCUGGGGGCAAAUUCCUCGCCUCGGGCGCCGAUGACAAGAUCGUUUGCAUAUACACUCUCGACCCUUCUCCUCCUACUCAUGCCACAUUUGGCUCCAACGAGGUACCUCCUGUAGAGAACUGGCGCAUCUUCCGACGACUCAUUGGACACGACAACGACGUCCAAGAUCUAGGAUGGUCAUACGAUGGAACAAUCCUGGUUUCCGUUGGACUCGACUCCAAAGUGGUGGUGUGGUCUGGCUUCACGUUUGAAAAACUAAAGACAAUCUCCAACCACACUAGCCAUGUUAAAGGCAUCACCUUUGACCCCGCUAAUAAGUAUUUCGCUACGGCCAGCGAUGAUCGCUCUAUCAAAGUGUUCAGGUUUCAAUCUCCCACCCAGAAUUACACCACUCAUGAUGCUGUUAACAACUUCAUCCUCGAGGCUACCAUCACUUACCCCUUUGUCAACUCCCCUCUCACCACAUAUUUCCGAAGAUGUUCCUGGGCCCCCGAUGGCCAACACAUCGCAGCUGCCAACUCUGUCAAUGGUCCUGUCAAUGCCAUCGCUAUUGUGACGCGUGGCAGUUGGGAUGGCGACACCACCUUGAUCGGACACGAAGGCCCUGUCGAAGUUUGCGCCUUCUCUCCUCGCUUGUACGGCAUGGAACCGGUUGACCGAGCUUUGCCUGAAGGGCAUCCUCAUCCCCACACCACAGUUAUUGCCUGUGGAGGUGCGGAUAAAUGCCUGAGCAUCUGGACCACGAGUAGUCCUCGUCCUCUAGUUGUCACACAGGAGAUCUCUUCAAAGCCUGUUUCCGAUCUCGCUUGGAGUCCAGAUGGUCGAGUUCUUUUUGCUACGACCUUGGACGGCACAAUUCUGACGAUCAUGUUCGAGGAUGGCGAGCUUGGAUAUCCGAGGCCAGUCGAAGAAAACGAUCGAUCACUGACCAAGUUUGGUACUUCGCGAAAGGGCCUUGGCUUUCCAGAAACUACAGAUGCACUUCUUCUUGAGGAGAUGAGUAAAGCUGGCGAGUUGAAAGGCGUCGAAGGACGAAUGGGCGCAUUGAUGGGCGAUGCAACGGCAUCAGCAUCGCAGCCUGCCAAAACACCAGCAUCAGCACCAGUACCGGCAACACCAGCAGUUAACGGUACAGCCACGAAUGAACCCGCGUCGAACGGCACAGACGCACAGACCAAUGGUGUCACAGCGGCAAAAUCUCGAGACGAUCAAGACCAAGCCAAACUUGAGCGGCUGAAGCGUCGCGUUGAAAUCACAAAAGACGGCAAAAAGCGAAUCCGACCUCUUCUCGUGUCAGGCGCUGGUGGAGCCGAGUCAUCAUUACCUCAGACAAAGCUAGUCAGUGCAAGCGCAAAUGUCGCUGUGGCGGAUGCACCGCAGUCGGUGUUAGACCUGUCCAAACCAUUCGACGGCCUUCCCAAGGGUGGCCUGGCGGCCAUGCUCUUUGGAAACAAGAGAAAGUACGCACAAGUCGAGGGCGAAGAGGAAAACACUGCCGAAAAACGCGUCAUUGCAGCCAGUAUGAAAGGGGCAACUCCUAUCGUCGUGAACGGCACCGAUGGCCUCCUCCCUGCGCAACAUCAACCCACAGCAAAUGGACAACAACCGACUCCAGAGUUUAUACGACCAGCGGUGAUCAGUCCAGCACUUAGCGUCAGCCAGCUCAGACUAGCGGUUCCAAAAGUUAGGACACAUAUCGUUCAAGGGAUUGAUGCGACCGGAAAACCCGGUGAUGCUAAUAGCGAUGGCACCGGUAAACCACGAGCCGAGUUUGUCUUUGAAGCUCGAAACCCUUCAGGCCCCUCACUGACUCAGCGAGCUCAAGAUCGGGAGCCCUGCCGAAUCACGCUAACUAAGAGAGAACAGCCGGUCUGGCAGGAUUUUCUUCCACGCCCUGUUCUUCUUGUCACUGGCAACCAGAACUUUUGGGCUGCAGCCGACGAGAACGGAUCACUCUACAUGUGGACACCUCAUGGGAGACGUCUCAACAGUGCAAUGGUGAUGGAGGCACAACCUGUCAUUUUGGCUUCGUAUGAGUCAUGGUUGUUGUGUAUCACUGCGGUGGGAAUGUGCUAUGUGUGGAACGUCAAAACUAUGUCCUCACCACACCCCCCUGUCUCAAUGGCUCCUAUCUUGGAUGCAGCGAUACACUCACUCACGCAUCACCCAACUGGGACACCAGCUAUCACUGAAGCUCGCCUCAAUUCUGAAGGACGAAUUGUGGUGAGUCUAUCGAACGGCGACGGAUACGCCUAUUCCCCACAGAUGUACUGCUGGCAACGAUUGUCCGAGGUCUGGUGGGCUGUGGGGAGCCAGUACUGGAACACUACUGACUCAUCGGUCGGCAAUGUGCAAUCCGCACACACCAAGAAUAGCUCUGACAAAUCUGUGAAUCUGUCGAGUGGUAUCAUGCCGUGGCUUGAGCGGAAAACCACGUCAGAAACUCUCCUACGUGGUCGUGCGUAUUUCUUGCAAAGACUCAUCAAAGUCCUGCUGUCUCGAGAAGGCUUUGAGAGCUUUGAGGCUGGAGUGUCGAUCGCACAUUUGGAGAAUAGAAUAGCUGCUGCUCUCAUGCUUGGCGCGAAGGAUGAAUUCAGAAUCUAUCUCCUAAUGUAUGCCAAACGUCUUGGAGCAGAAGGAUUACGAUUGAAAAUUGAGGAACUUCUUCGAACGUUGGUGGGAGGGAUUGUCGAACAGCCAGAAAGCGACAGCAAUGGGAUCGCAGCCAACAUCAACGCAAUCGAGGGUCGUAAUUGGCAAGAAGAUUCCAAGACAAUUUGCGGAUGGCCACGAGAAGAGCUUUUGAAGGACGUCGUCCUCCUUCUCGGCAAACACCGUGAUUUGCAACGAAUCAUUGUGCCAUACGCCAAAAUGCUACACAUUGUCAACGACACCAACCAAGAACUGGAUGUCAUGGUCUUGUAAAACAUCAUUCGGAAAGGGGACACAGCGUUAGUGCGGAUCGAAGGGCAUGAUUUGGGAUCGAUGAUGAGAAUGAACCUAGAUGCAUCUAAGGGUUGGGCUGAUCGCUCAAGGCAUGUUGAUGGGUUCCUCAAGGCCUGGCGUUGGCGGCAUCAUCAAAUCAGGGAGACGCAACAAUUGCACGGGAAUAGUCGUCAAGGACACAGCAACGUCCAAAUAUGUUCUGAUGCUCCAGCAGAUUGAAUAAACUGCCAUCUUGGUAAGGCGGAAUUAUGCUACGAGAGAUCAGUCCUGGAGGCAUUUUCCCUUUGAUUUAACCCUUGGUGUCGGAGCCGCAUAUUUGGCGGAAUCAAUAUUUGCAAAGAUGCAAGUUCACGAUUUGUUUUCUCACUGUUUUUCUGUUCGCUUGCCUGCUCCUGUUCCAUCUGCAAUCCACUAUAUGUCACAACCUUCAAUUCUUC